AUGGCGAGACCCCAAGAUACGACUUUGGCCCGAUUCUAUGGCCUCCAUAAGGUGCACAAAGACGGCGCUCCUCUCCGACCCAUCGUGUCGCUCAAAGGGACUCCAACGUACAGACUGGCUAAGUGGCUGUUCCGGAGUCUCAAGUUCCUGACCGCAGAGUCAGACACCACGGUCUCUUCGUCAGCACAAUGCCUGGAGAAACUCAAAGGGGUAAGCAUCCAUCCAAAUGAGGUUAUGGUAUCUUUUGAUGUUACAUCCCUUUUUACUUCUAUUCCCCAGGACCUGGCGAUCGAGACAAUUGAGCUGCUACUACAAAGCAAAUACGAUGAAACGGAGAACCGUCUUGGACACGCCCAAAUCCUUCAGCUCCUGAAGCUCUGUCUCAGGACGUACUACACGUUCGACGGGACAAUCUACGAACAGGUGAAGGGCACACCAAUGGGUUCGCCGAUUUCGGGAUUCAUCGCCGAGGCGGUCCUGCAACGGUUAGAGUCGCUGGUCUUCCAACACCACAGACCGAAAUUCUGGGCCCGGGAUGUGGAUGAUACCUUCGUCGUCAUCGAACGUGAUCAGGUGUUGACAUUCCAAGAACAUCUCAACGCCGUCUUACCGGACAUUCAAUUUACGAUGGAGGAGGAAGAUAACAACCAGCUGGUCUUCCUAUAUGUCCUCUUAUGCCGCAAGGAUUGUGGUGGACUAAAGACCAAAAUUGUUCGGCAAAGCGACAAAUACGAUGCAAGUACAGAACUUCAACAGUAA